CUCGAGACCUGCGACGAGUGGAUCUAUUCCGUUGCGUUCUCGCCGGACGGCACUCAGGUAGCCUCGGCAUCGUACGACAAUACCGUUUCUCUCUGGGAAGUGACUUCUGGUUGCUACAUGCAGACACUUAAUGUUGGCACUUGGUCCUCUAGCAUGGCGUUCGACUCUGCGAAUGUACAGGUCGGGGCCGGCCUGAGGUCGGACGGUUCCUGGGUCACACUUGGCGGUCGAGACAUCAUGUGGCUCCCCCCCGAGGUUCGACCAUCUGCCUCGGCAUUUUGGGCUGGGAAGUCGCAGUUGGCAGUGACGUUAUGA